CGGUGGAGGCCAAGGGGUGAGAGGGCAGCGGCGGUUGGAGGUUGCGAGGAGGCGGGGCGACCGGGAGAGCGUAGGAGCUUUGGUCCGUUUUCCCUGCUCUCCUUUAUCCUUAGGGGUCGGUAGCUGCGGGGACGGCCCGGUGCCCGGUGUAUGGCCACGGAGUUACGGUGUCCGGACUCCAUGCCCUGUCACAACCAGCAAGUAAACUGUGCCUCGACCCAAAACCCCGAGCCGCAGCAACCUGACGAACUGAUCCCGGACCAUGCCGGGGGAAACAGUGACUCCGCGGCCAAGCUGACUCUCCUCAGGGGGAGAGUAAGGUCUUCUAGCGUACCGGCUGAGCGGGACCUUCAGGCCUGCGGCGACGCCACCCUCAAUUCAGAGAGCAACGGUGGCACUGGCACCUCUGACGCGCCAGCCAGCGACUCCCUCCUAGGGGACUGCGAACUCUCCCGGCAGAUCGGGGCGCAGCUUAAGCUCCUGCCAAUGAAUGAUCAGAUCCGGGAGCUGCAGACCAUCAUCCGGGAUAAGACAGCCAGUAGAGGGGACUUCAUGUUUUCUGCGGAUCGUUUGAUCCGACUUGUUGUGGAAGAGGGAUUGAAUCAGCUACCAUAUAAAGAAUGCAUGGUGACCACUCCAACAGGGUACAAGUAUGAAGGAGUGAAAUUUGAGAAGGGAAACUGUGGGGUCAGCAUAAUGAGAAGUGGUGAGGCAAUGGAACAAGGUUUACGAGACUGCUGUCGAUCCAUACGAAUUGGAAAGAUCCUGAUUCAGAGUGAUGAGGAGACACAAAGAGCCAAAGUAUAUUAUGCCAAGUUCCCCCCAGACAUUUACAGGAGAAAAGUCCUUCUGAUGUAUCCGAUUCUCAGCACUGGAAAUACUGUAAUUGAAGCUGUAAAGGUUCUCAUAGAACAUGGAGUUCAACCUAGUGUUAUUAUCCUACUCAGUCUGUUUUCCACUCCUCAUGGUGCCAAAUCAAUCAUUCAAGAGUUUCCAGAGAUCACAAUUUUAACUACUGAAGUUCAUCCUGUUGCGCCUACACAUUUUGGACAGAAAUACUUUGGAACAGACUAAGUUAUUGAAGGAAAAUUAUUCUGUUGUGUAAUAUUACAGUUAUGAGUUUCUACCUGUUUGACUAAUUCACUUGAGGAAUGACAUAGAAAAUUGUGUUAAAGAUACUUUGUAAUUUUUGGAAGUGGGUAUAUUAAAAGGAAAUACUUGAGGUUUAUUUUUUUAUUUAGUUAUUUCUUGACCUUGGCACCAAAUUCAGCAAUGAAGCAUACACAACUCUUCAAAAAUAUUUUAAUAAUGUUCUUAUGCAAAUUGCUGAUCCAUCAGUGCAUUGAAACUGUUCCCUAAUUUAUGAACCUCAGUUUAGAGGUUGCUUGCAGCCACAAAUAAAACCCAAAUGGGAGUCAGUUCAUUGGCCCACUCUAGUUUGCAUUUUGUUUAGUUUGCUUUUAGUUCUAGGGAGAUUUCAUGUAUGUGGCUGUUGUCACCUUCCUCUACUCUUUACUUCCUAGUACAAUACACACUGGUAACUUGGAGAGGAUGAAAAAAGAAUGCCUCAUAGAAUUUUACGUUUCCAUUAAUGUCCUCACUCAGUUGGCAGAUCCAGGGUAUACAGUUAGCUCUUCGUUCAAGCCAUUAUGUUCUUAAUGGCUCACUUCCUACCCUGUGCAUUGUUGGUAGGUGCCUUGUCAAGUGUAAUGCAGUGAAUACGAUGGUGGGGCAUUUCCAGCAACUGGAACUGUAACAUUAAUUUGCUUAAAUUGAACCAGGGAUGUCUGGAUGCUGACAAGGGAGCGCUAAAUACUGUUAAUGCCAUCAAUGCCCUAGAAAUGAAUUGGUGGUGAUUUUUCUGAGGUAUGGGGGAAAGGAUGGUUUCUUGCUGGGCGUAUGGCCAAUAAGUAAAUUAAAAUGCUUCAUUUUUAAUUUGGAUGUUUCUAAUAGGGCCUUUGAUUUGGAACUUAGUUCUUUUGCAUGUUUGUCAAUUGUAGAUGUAUUAAAAUGGGACAAAAUAUCAUGAUAUUAAAAAAAUCCCUAAGAUUUAUACGUGUUCAUAUUUAGGCUUCUGAAAGGAAGAUAAAUCAUUUUAGGAAAGGAUGUUCGUGUUCUGAAACUUGCUUGUAAAACCCUGAUCUCAUUUUACAUUGAUAUUAAAACAUUUUAACAAUGGUGGCUGGCUGAUUACUUGAUUAAUUAUACUCCUAUAGCCCCAUAGGCAGCUGUUGUGGGCUUCUGUUUAAAAAAAAACAAAAAACAAAAAACAGAAGGCAGUUUCUUAGAAAGAACCAAAGCUGACAGAAGUCAGCAAAGAUUCAGGGGAAGGAAGGAAAGCUGGUGUAGAAUGGACUGCAUUUUCCCUUUGGAGCCUAGAAGGACUUCACUAUAUUUUUCCCUUUAUUUUUGAAGACUGUCAUAAUAAACUGAGAUUAAUUGAUUGAUUACCCAUAUUACAAUUCUUCCAAGGCAAAUGUUGCUUUCAUGUUCUUGUUGAAAUUAUCAUCUGUAUUUGUCAGUUAAAUAUUUUGAUACAAUGUAGAUUUUGUUUAUUCCUGAUUAGCAGAAGCUCUAACUGAAGCCCAUUAAAACCAAGAUCUUUAUCUCCUUGUCCCAGGAAAGAUGUGAGCCAGCAAAUUUAGAUAGAGACCAGAUCUGCUUCAGGUUGAUGCACUGAAUUAGUUUGGAAAGGUGAUGUUUACCACUGUAGGAAUCAGUGCUUCUGAGUUAGUGCUUAUAUUAGGGUUUCAGUAUUUUGUUUGAAGUGACUUUCCAGAACAUUAGACAAAUUCAUAUUCGAGUGUAGGUAUAAAAUGAUAUUUCAAGCAAAUUAAUUUUAUAUUAUCAGCCAUUUAAAUUUAAUGUGUCUCUGUUCCUUUUCAUCACUGAACAUGAUUGGGAAUUGACUACAUUUGCUUCCCACAUAAAUGGAAUUCCUACUAUAAGCAGUAGGAAUUAUUCAGUGGGGUCACAUUUCCCACUGGUGAUUGUCCUCUACCCCUCUGCAGAUUUCAAGAGCAGUUGUAACUAUGUCUUUUGAAGUUUGGAUCUUUUUAGCAAAUGAGGCAUUAUUUGUAGGGUUAAUCAAUUGCAGGACUCUUUUGAACCCAGGGAAUUUUCUAAAUGACACAAAAUUAACAGUCUAUUCAAAACUAGAUUGUUUUUAAUGACAUGAACUUCACAACAGUAUAAACUGUGUAGACUCCUUAUUGAAGAAAGAAACCCUAACACAAUAAAAACAAGAAGCAGUAUACAUGAGUGUUUAUCAAAAGUUGAAUGUGCAUCAGAAUCACCUGGAGGGCCACAGAUGGCUGGGCCUCACACCUAGAGUUUCUGAUUCAGUAGAUCUGGAGUAGGUCCCAAGGACUUGCAUAUCUAAGUUCGUAGGUGAUACUGAUGUUGCUGGUUGGGUGGCCACAACUUGAUUUCAGACAUUUCUUCUUAUAUAAGCAUUUAAUUAUACAAAUUUCCCUAUAAAUACUGGUUUGG